AUGGCGUCCUUGCUUCACAGUUUUGACUGGGAGGUUAGGAGCGGUACCACUCCAGAGACCUUGGCCAUGAACGAGUGGAUGGGAAUAACGUCAGCCGAGACUGCUGCAGGAUUAUUCAAGAAUCAUGACCUUGCUUCCAGCGAUCGCAAAGUCCUUGUGUUUACAGCUCAUAAUUACAGCCAAGGAUCACUGGCACUAGGUCGUUAUGGCCCAAACUGGCACAUGCUCCAGCGUCUCUGCUCAACAAAAAACUCAAGCACAGGGAGAGUCGGGGGAAAUCAGGUCGCCCACUACAUCUUCCUUAUGACCUUCAAUCUAAUUGGCAAUCCUGUGCUGUCACGGGAUCUUGUGAACCGUCGGUCAAAAGAUGGUCAUGAGUUCUAUGAUGCCAUGAACAGUGUCAUGACGUGGGCUGGGACACCAAAUGUGGCAGAAUUCUUAACAUUUUUGAAAUGGCUGGAUCCUCAGGGGAUCAUGAGGAACAUGGUGCAGGACAUGGGACAAACCAUGAGGAUAGUGGAGAAAUUUGUGAAGGAGAGGACAGAGGAGUGGAAGCCAGGGAGCAAAAAGACAAACGACUUCCUAGAUGCACUAUUGGAGCAUCAAGGUGACGAAAAAGACGGGCCUGAUGUGAUCUCAGAUCAAAAGAGACUAAUUAUCAUACUGGUAAGCACGAUGCCUUAA